AUGGGCAUUGAAGAGGAGUUGGGGCUUAACGGAGCAGUCAGCGUAAAAGGCAUGAAACCAAUAAGGACAGAAAUCCAAAAAGUCAAGGCCUACGAAAGCUUCAUUUCUAUCAAGACAAAGGGACUGACAGUAAUCUACUGUUACAUCUCUCUAAACAUUCCCAUUGGAAUCUACAAGAAAAAGGUGAGUGACAUCAUAGAAGUCGAAAGGAGAACAAGAAAACGAUGCAUCAUCCUGGGAGAUAUAAAUGCCAAAUCCGUUCUGUGGGGCCCUCCGGUCUCUGACCCCAGGGCCAGGGGAGACUACUGGGCAGAAUGGCUCGCGGCGCUGGAAAUGGUAGUGAUGAACACGGGCCUGGAACCUACCUUCACAUGGGGGGAAAGCCGAUCAUACAUAGAUGUCACUUGCUGCAACCAGGACGUGGCCCUGGGGGUUGGAGAGUGGAGGGUCCUCACGGAGGAAAGCCUCAGUGACCAUCAAUUUAUUCAGUUCUCCGUUGAAGUAAUAGGAGUAGUGGAUAAACAUAUUCGGACAAAGGUGGAUUAUGACUGGGAAUGUUUUAAAACACUACUGAAAUGGACAUUGGAAUUAGCUCCAGAAGACAUACAAAAUGGGGCAUCCGGGUGCCAGGCGACCAUAAAGGAGAUACUGAAGGCAAGCCUUAGGCAAAGCACUGGCGAAAGAACUGAGAAUCCGUACUGGUGGAAUGAUGAGGUCCAAGCGAAACGGGAAGAAAGCAUCAUUCUUUCAUGA